AUGCACAACCACCUCCCCCGCAUCACCAUCAAAUACUGCACUCAAUGUAAAUGGUUACUGCGCGCUGCAUACUUCGCCCAAGAACUCCUCUCCACAUUCAGCACGCAACUUGGCGAAGUAGCUCUCGUUCCUGCGACGGGGGGUGUGUUUACUGUUACGAUGUAUUAUUCUUCUUCUUCUUAUCCUACUACCUCUGCCUCUUCUACAUCUACGGGUACAGCACAAGGUGAAGAGGUACCAGUAGCAGUAGCAGGUACUGGGGAUGGGGAUGAGGAGAAGGAUAUCACUGAGAUUAUUCUCUGGGAUAGGAAGACGAAUGGGGGGUUUCCUGAAGUCAAAGUGUUGAAAAGUCUGGUGAGAAAUGUCGUCGAUCCUAGUAGGGAUUUGGGACAUACGGAUCGAGCCUUGAGGGCUGCGAAUGUGCCGGUGCAGAGUCAGGAAGGGGGUGAGAUGAAGGUUGUGGGGAAGAGUGAGGAGCAGGGUCCUACUGCUGCUGCUGCUGCUGCUACUACUACUGCUGCUACUGCUACCAAAGGUGACAGGUGUGAGGAGUGUCAGUGA